UGGUGGAACCUUUAUGGAAACAAUGUGCAAACCUUGCAAAAAAUGGCAAAAAGGAUCCUUGCAUUGACCACAAGUUCAUCGGGAUGUGAAAGAAAUUGGAGUGCUUUUGAGGGGAUCCAUACAAAGAAAAGGAAUAGACUAGAUACAACAAGAUUAAAUAAUUUGGUCUAUGUCCAAUUUAAUGCAAGAAUUCUUAACAAGAAGAGAAGAGAGAAAGAGAAGAAUGUGGAUGUACUAAUUGCUAGUGAAGCUACUAUGGCACAAGGAUGGAUUGUUGAUGGUGGUGAUGAUGAUGUUGUUUCGGAUCUUCCUAGUGAAAGGGUUGGAGAGGAAUCGACAGUGGAUGGUGGCUUAGAGCCUAGGAGAGGUCCUAGAAUCCAAGAAAUUAGGGAACUUGAUGAGAAUGAUUUUAUAUCCGAUGAUGAAGAGGAAAUAGAUGAUGUGAAUUUUAAUUUUGAGUCGGAUUCGGAGGGAGUACAAGAUGGAUAUGGAGAAGAAGAAUUUGAGACAUAG